UCAAGACAGGCGUCAGUGCCGUUCCGGCACUCGGACGCUCCGUCAGACGAACAGGCUGUGCUGGCCUGGAUCUCACAUGAUACUUUAGGUCCAUAGGCGCAUCACGAACAUGAUGCUCGGCGCUCGGGCAGCAAGCGCGGCGUUCUGCGUGUCUGGUCUCACCUUGUCUUUGAAUUUGGGCACCGCCUCUGCGCUGCUUUCCUCCAAGCGCGUUCAAAAGGGGGACGGCAAGGUGGAUCUGUGGCAUGCAGUUCAGGAGAUGAAGGCGGCGGACAAAAAGGUGUGCGUCACGGUCAAUGGCCCGUACAUGGGUGGAAUGGCUAACGUGGUCGCAUUCUUCAACGAGGGCGUGGAGUUCGCCUUGAAGGCUGGAGUCCCAUUCGUCUUUCCCCCGCUUCGCUCGUCGGCCACGACGCACAAGGACAUCGGCGACGAGUUCGUGGAUCUGUUCGGGCACGCGACGGAGCCCGAUGACGCGUGUGGUGGAAGGGCCUCCCGGCACGACGCUUCUUGCGAGAAGCCGUGCAAGGCUUUUGGGGGCAAGAGCUUCUGCGGCCCCGAGGAGAAGUGGGCCCACGUGAAGAGGUGCCCGGUGGCCAACAUGUCUGUGGACCUCGUGUCUGAAACUCCGAGGGGCGACGCCAAGUGCCAGUGCCCAAAUCUCGUCGUCCUGGACGGUGCUGGCAUAGCAUUCUGGGGCAGGGGCUGGGACUACAAGAAGACACACGGGUACCUGUCUGAGCACUACUGGCAGGCGGAGAGCAGCAAGGCCGUGCCGGUCAAUUUCGCAGCUCACAUGAGCAUCCCAUCAAAGAAGUACAGCGUGGUGGCUCACGUGCGCCUCGGCGAUGUAAAGAAAGCGGACAAGCACUCGAAGAUAGCGCUCAAGCGCGCCGACCCAGAGUGGAUCUUGGCGGCGUUGCAGAAGAUCGCAGAGAAGUUGCCCGAGAGUUGCGCCCACUUCACCCUUGUGACGGACGCAGAGGACCAGGAAGGCGGGGAGGUUGGCAGCAUCGUGAGCAAGUUCGCCAGCCGCACCCAGGGCAGGAAGAUCUCGGUGGUCGGGCCCGAGGCCGCGACCGUGGAUGCCUUCCGCCUCAUGACCCACGCCGACGUGCUGCUGGCCGGGGGCAGUGACUUCUCGCGGCUCGCCGCCGUGCUCGCCCGCGACACGUCCGCCGUGUUCGUGCAGGACUUCCAGAAUUCCGUCGUCAACAACGUCCGCUUCUCGCGGCCGUCCCUGGAGUUCCUGCCGAACCGCACGACCCUGCCGCUCCAGAGGCUGACGGCCGUCGGGCCCAAGAUCGCCGAGAACAAGGCGCUGAGGCGGCUGAUGAGAGCCUGCGGCGCCCUGCCGGCGGCGGCCGACGAGGCGGGAAGCCAGCCCGCCGUCCGCCUGCAGAAGGUGAGGGGGAAGGUCUCCCUGAAGGACGGGGCGGCGGGCUCCAAGGGCAGCAAGGCGGGCGCCGCGCAGGCCAAGAAGGCUGGGGCCGACGCCAGCGCCAACGCGACAUACGUGGCGGCGUACCAGGCGUUCAUGGACAAGUGGCCCGUCACGAGGUACAACAUGUUCAAGAGCUUCUCGCGCGUGACGAAGUACGGCCGCCACAAGUUCCCAGGGACGGUGCUGAAGUCGCCAGGGCUCUUCAAGAAGUUCGACUGGGUUGUGACUGGCCCGUACUCGCACAAGCAUGGGGAGGACCCAAAGACGUUGUUCGUCCAGGGCACACCAGAUCAGCUGGACAACCUGCUGGAGACGGCCCGGGAGCAGUUUGAUUCCAGUCGUCACGACCGGGUGCUCGUGCUGGGCGGCAGCGACAUGUGGCUCUCGGAGGUGCUGACCCACACCGACAACUUCCACACCACGGAGCACAACCCCGACGGCUACCACGACAUCAUCAAGGCCCAGGCCCCUGAGGUGAACGGGACGCUCAAGGAGCUGCACAAGUACUUCGGGCGCAUCUUCUUCGAGGCCAAGGACAUGCACAUCGGCGACGUCAGGACCAUGCCCAUCGGCCUCACCGAGUUCAACCUGCGCAGGCAGGACGUCUUCGACACCUGCUGGCCCGAGGUGGAGGCCGCGGGCGUCUCCGACGAGGCCAAGCCCCACGGCGUCCUGGCCGCCUUCGGCAUCUACCACGACCUCUCGCACUGCAACCGCGGCCUCGGCAGGGCCGUGGCGCUGCGCGAGGAGGCGCGGGCCUGGAGCAACAGCAGCGCCGCGCUCGCCGCCGGGGUGCGCACGGGCAUCGUGGAGCCGCUGGACUGGUGGAGGACGCUCUCCGCGCACAAGUUCAUGAUGGCCCCCGCGGGCUGCGGCGUGCAGGCGCCGAAGCAGCUGGAGGCGCUCAUGGUGCUGACCGUCCCCAUCCACCACCGCGCCUUCCCCGCCUGGGACGACCUGAAGUCCUACGGCUUCCCGAUCGUGGUGGUCAGCGACUGGAGCGAGGUGACCAAGGAGGCCACCGGCAGGUGGUGGAAGGAGCUUUCACCUCGCCUCGUGAGCUUCCGGGAGAACUGCCUCACGACGGAGGGGUACUGGAAGCUCUUCACCGGGCAGGUCGAGUACUGCAGCUGAGCUCCGGCGCCGCCCGCUCCCAUCUUCCCCGCGCCGCCCGGCGCCCCGCGAGGCACCGGCUGCCCGACGGGGCAGAGCCUGCGGCGCACGUCGCCUCACCGAGUGGCGAGGCGUUGGCGGAGGAGGGCGAGCGGAGCGGGAAGAGGAGUGGAGGAGGGGCGAAGCCGAAGCCGGUCGGGCGAAGAAGGAGGGAAGUCACGCCCAUCAGCACGCCCUGUGGACGCCAGCUCUCGCUCAAGGAGAUCGAGAACGUGCACUUGGCCCCAGGGGCGUUUGCUCGGAGCUCCUUGAAUCGUCGACCUGUUUCGUAUCUCUGGG